AUGCGGUUCCUCAUCGUUUCACUCUCACUUGCGGCUGCAGCUACCCUGUGUGCUGCUCAGAACUUCGGUGCCAGCUGCUUCAGCUAUUACCUGGAAAAUACCGAAUUCUUCGCGACCUGUCGGACCGACAGUGGCAAUCUGGGGCGUUGGAGUGCGUUUCCUCGAGCGGAGGCUACUCAGCUUCCUGUGAAAACUGCUACCUCUCUGGAACUGAUCUGGACUGCACAUGCGGCAAUGGCAACGGCUGGCACCGACUCGUCUUCGGUCAACUUGAUAUAUUGUCUGUGUGAACGCAAAGCCGUAGAAAGCGCGCGGCAUGGUGGUGUGAAGGAAGAAUUUCAAUGUGUACCUAUGUAA